AUGGUUCACUACACCCAGUUCUCGCUAAAUGUCUUCGGCAAGUCUACCGUUUAUUUUUUGCGAUGUCAAUCGGUAUUGACGUCCCCACUGCCAGCAGCCAAUGAUGCAAGAUACCACCCGUAUUAUACCGGCUACGAGGCCAGGUUAUCGCCACCACCUCCUCCAUUGCUGACGAUUGAAAACACCUCGUACUCUAACGCCAAUACCGCCCUAACCACCACCAAAGCCGACCACGAUCGCGUCGCAUCGAAGUCCCAAUCACCCGGCGCUGUCGACAAUAGCUCUUUGUCACCGUCGGUCCCCAAAACUCGGUCCGGGCGAGUGCCCCGCCCCAGAAACGCGUUCAUGAUAUUUAGGUCGGCCUUCUGGGCAGAGGCAAAGAUUACUCGCGACGUGGAGCACGACCACCGGCACAUCAGCCGCAUCAUUGGACAUUGUUGGAACAAGAUGUCAGAGGAGGAGAAGAACGUUUGGCGCCGUAAAGCAGAUGAAGAAAAGAUCGAGCACGAGAAGAAGUACCCUGGCUAUCGCUUCUGUCCUAUACAACGUACCAAGAAGCCCAUCAAACGGAAGGUCAAGCGUAACGGCGAAGAAGAUCUCAUCCGGUGUGAAAGACUUGCAGACCUCUUGCUGGCUGGAAAGCAGGGAGAUGAACUUUCCGAUGCAAUCAAGGAAAUGCCGCCGGUCACGAAAUCCACCAAGUCGGCGUCAAAUCCUGAUGAACCGCCUUUCCGCAGUCCACUCCUGCCUCCGCUUUCCUUCGACCAUGACAGGUCUUCUGGCUGCUCUUCGUCCGAGUCCUCCCCCCGGACGCCGUAUUUCUCUGCAUCCGCACCCAGUCUUUCCCUUGAACUAACGCAGCACCCUCUGGAUCUCAACUAUUCACGGCGCUCUCUUUCCGAGUCAACAAAGACCGAGCACAUCGUAUUCGAAGCGCCAAACUUCCCUACGGCAUCGUACUCUCUAUACCAGUCCCAAGCAUCAGCUUGUGCCUUGAUGCGCUCCAACGAUCUUCAUGUUGAAUCACUGCACAGCUCGGGUCACUGCGCCUCUUAUCCCUCCACAUACCCUCGCUCUGUUGUGUCCUUCUACAACCCAUUCUCCCUCUGCGAUCCCGAGGCUAAUUCGGCUCCGGUCCUUCCUAGCCCAUUGUCAAGUGCCAGUAUAAUGUCAGAACCGGUUCAAUGGAACACAGCAUAUCCGUUCACGACAUAG